AUGCUGGCGCCAAAAAGCACACACAAGCGAAAACGCAGUUCGGCUCGCUCCGACAAGGCACGCAAACUUGGACCUUCUCGAUGGAUCGUUAACCUUUUGCCCUCACAAUCGAUUGCGGAAGAAGCGACAAGAUCACUCAGCAACGUCGGACCAUUCCGAAACAGGCGACUGGAGAAGAUGGUCGAUGCGCAUCCAUUCAAUCGUUCACUUGAGCUCAUCUUGCCGCUCUCCUCCGACUCUUCUGAAGCUGCUGUCGAUGCUGAUUUCCCACUUCCAUCUCCCGUCCAGUCUCUCAUCGACAGAAUAUCAGCUCUCGCAGCAUCACAUCGUUCUUACAGUGCUCGAGUUCCGCUCAGCCUGCUACUAGAUCCUAUCUUUGUCACAGCGUACCUCAAGACCGGAUCGUUGAUAGCGCUGAGUGAUGCAUCUGGUGCACCUGGCUUUACUCCCACCUCGGACGACACAGUCUGUCUUGACGGUCAAGGAACACUCGUGCUGUCGCUGUGCAAAGAUACAUACCAGACACUGGGCCUGACAGGAAGAGCGAGUCACUUUUCCCGCUUGUCCUCGGGUCGGGCAGCGGAUCGAACGAGCGGGCCUGAUUCCCGGUUUAUUGUCGAGCUUCCACUCCUAUCUCCGUCGUUUGUGCCAGGCAAGAAGGGCUAUCAACAAGCAUUGGAUAGGAUAAGGGCAUGGGAUCGAUCACGAGCACAAGCGUUGGUUAAGGAACAUACGAUCGCGCAAACACAUGCUUCGUCCAAGAUCUCAAGAUCUUCAGGAUCGAAAGAGGAGAUCACGAGCGAACACGCGACAUGGGACAUGCAUUUCGUUUGGUCGCCCAGCAGAGCCGCUGUUGAGUCCAACGCCCGUUCAACAGUUGACAACGAGAUUCGCUUCCCAGAACAUCUGGUGAGACCACAAGACGUCGAGUCUAUCCCAUUGCAGCCUCUCACUCCGGUGAUCACAGACUCAGUAUGGAUUCCGACCCCCACCGAACAUCCGCUAUCCGCACCGUGGCGAGAGAACGAAAGGCACUUCACAGAGCUAGAACCCUCUCAGGACUCUACACAAGCCUCAUGGACGACUUAUCAAGACGGACUGCAGGAAGCAAUCGAAUGGGCAGGUUUGGCUUCCUUGGGUGCUCCUGCUGUUCGAACGUUCAACAAGCCAGAUGCCACUUGCGUCUACAGCCCUCCGCGACCCUCACAGCCAGGUCGGAUCGUCAAGCUCACCGUAGCUGGCAGCCGUCAAAGCCCACUUUUGCUGAAUCCUUUGCUGAUCUCUCAGAUUGCUGCCCACGUCGAUCGCAUUAUGUCCCUUCCUAAUUCAACUAAAGGCGGUGCAGAGAGGGUGGAAUGGGCAACUCUCUCAUGCGCAGGUUUCCCACACGCGCCACUCACUUGGCGAGCAAAGGUACCACUCAGCUCCAGGUACGGCGCGAAGGAGCUACCUGGUAGCAAAACCAAUACACACCUUGCUGCUGCUGCGGAAGAUGCGGAGAUGACAGAUGCCUCCUCAUCCUCAGAAGAGGAGAGUGGGCAGGAUAGCGAUGCGUCCCUCGACAUGGGCGAUAUUGACACAUCCAAGCGAAGGAUGAAAAAAAGAUUAAAGCGGAACGUGGGAAAGAAUCAGACAGAACACAUGUUCACCCCGAAUACGGGCGAGACUGGCUGGGUGAGCUUCUGUCUCAAGUCAAAAGAGAAGAAGCAGACAGGCAGAUGGGCCUUUGUCGAGCUGGUGGGUAGUGAUACCCGGUCAUAA